UCUAAUUUAUCAUAAGAACAUGAAUUAACCAUCUACGUUUAUAACAUAACUGAAUGAAAGUACAUUAAGUAAAUAAGAGGAAUAAAGAACAAAGGUAACAGCGUGGAAGUGUUUACAGGGACAGUGUGUUCCAUGUAAGCCGUGCUGCUGGAUGGGCAGACGGUCACGCCUGGAUGUUCGGCUUGCUAACACUUCUGUUCUGAUUCAGCCCGGGGCUGACACUCGCCGACCCUUCCAGCGGGGGACUGCCAGCGAUGGGCAGCAUCGAGGUGACCCCGACCUGCUCUGGCACCCGCAGGGCAGAACACACAGAGGUCCCGAGCGCAGCAGGAGCCGGGAGAGGAGCAGGAACCCCUCCGGGACGGGGUCAGACCUCGGGGAACCGUGAGAUAAGAAUUGCCAAAAUGCUUUGGAAUUCUUAAAUGAUUCGAAAACUGAAGUCUCUGAGGAUACAAAUUCAUAAGAACACAAGAAGCAGCGAGGAGGAUUCAGUGCCAAUGCAGCAACAAAAAAGACAGCCAGAGUUAGUGGAAGGAAAUCUUCCUGUUUUUGUUUUUCCUACAGAACUUAUAUUUUAUGCAGAUGACCAGUCAACACACAAGCAGGUGUUGACUCUGUAUAACCCCUAUGAGUUUGCCUUAAAAUUCAAAGUUUUUUGUACAACUCCAAAUAAAUAUGUGGUGGUGGAUGCUACUGGUGCAGUGAAGCCUCAGUGCUGUGUUGAUAUUGUGAUUCGUCACAGAGAUGUUCGGGCUUCUUACUAUGGUGACAUAGAUAAAUUCCGUCUCCAAGUGUCUGAGCAGAGCCAGAGGAAAGCAUUAGGGAAAAAGGAGAUUAUUGCUACUCUGCUUCCAUCUGCAAAGGAACAACAACAACAAAAGGAAGAGGAGGAAAAACAAAUAAAAGAACACCUGGCUGAAAGUGUCUUUUUUGAGCAGACUUUAUGUCAACCAGAAAACAGAACUGCCUCGUCAGGACCUAGUUUACUCACAGUCUUCCUUGGGGUGGUGUGUGUCACAGCACUAAUGCUACCUACAUUAGGGGAAAUGGAAUCCCUGAUGCCUCUCUACCUCCACUUAAGUGUGAAUCAAAAGUUAGUAGCUGCUUAUGUUUUAGGUCUCAUCACCAUGGUUAUUUUGAGAACAUGAGCAGUGAGUUCUUAGGAUGUCAAACACCUUACUGUAUAUUCACAUCAUGAAUGUGGACUGCCUUUUACUCCCAUUUGGCUCAUUAAGAUGCUAGCAAAACUGUUCAGUGAUUUAAGAUACCUUCAGAAGUGUAAUAUAUUUUAACUGUGUAUAAUAAAUGAAAGACUCAAAGCACUUUGCGGUGCUUCUGUAACAGACAGCUAUGAAAUGUUCAGUGAUACCUGUGAAAAUAAUUUGAAAAAACUUUUAUAUCUAUGCCUACUGUAAAAAAUCCUUAUUAAAACAUUUGUUAUUUUUAGUCUAUCUUCAUAUCAGUGUGUGAUCACUAUAAAAGCAAACUGUCUUCUUUAAAAACGUUCAUUUGGUUUGUGGUUGUACCUGCCGAGGCUGACACAUAACACUUCUGUAUAUACAUACCAGAGGGGUGAGAGUCGUGACUGAUCAUUGAAGAAAAUGAAAAAUUCCAUCAGUGGAACUAUGAAAUAAACCAUGAAUUUUAGGUGAAAAAGUAA